CCGCCCUCGUCCUCUUGCUCUGCUUGUCCAGCCCUAGGUUCUGGUGAAUCCCGGCGGCCCCGGCAGCGCUCUGGACGCUGCAGACCUGUUCUCCAUCGUCGCUCGACUUCCACCUUUAAGACUCACACAUUUGCUUAGGAAUUUUAUACAGCACAGGAAUCCUACUGCCAUAUUUAAAUAUAACAAGAUAAUGGAGCUCAAGACAUGGCUGCCCAGUGUGUCACGAAGGUGGAGCUGAAUAUUUCCUGUGCCAAUCUUUUGGAUAAAGAUGUAGGGUCAAAGUCAGACCCUUUAUGUGUGUUAUUUUUGAAUACAAGUGGUCAACAGUGGUAUGAGGUUGAGCGCACAGAAAGAAUUAAGAAUUGCUUGAAUCCUCAGUUUUCCAAGACAUUUAUUAUUGAUUACUACUUUGAAGUGGUUCAGAAAUUGAAAUUUGGGGUUUAUGACAUCGACAACAAAACUAUUGAGCUGAGUGACGAUGACUUCUUAGGGGAAUGUGAAUGUACCCUUGGACAAAUUGUUUCCAGUAAGAAGCUAACUCGACCACUGAUGCUGAAAAAUGGCAGACCUGCAGGAAAUGGGAGCAUUACGAUUUCAGCUGAAGAAAUAAAAGAUAACAGAGUGGUCCUGUUUGAAAUGGCAGCCAGAAAACUGGAUAAUAAGGAUCUUUUUGGAAAGUCAGAUCCAUACCUGGAAUUUCACAAGCAGACAUCUGAUGGAAACUGGCUAAUGGUUCAUCGGACAGAGGUCAUUAAAAACAACUUGAAUCCUGUUUGGAGGCCUUUUAAGAUCUCUCUUAACUCCCUGUGUUAUGGAGAUAUGGACAAAACCAUUAAGGUGGAGUGUUAUGAUUAUGACAAUGAUGGGUCACAUGAUCUCAUUGGAACAUUUCAAACCACCAUGACAAAACUGAAAGAAGCCUCCAGAAGCUCACCUGUUGAAUUUGAAUGCAUAAAUGAGAAAAAGAGGCAAAAGAAAAAAAGCUACAAGAAUUCAGGUGUUAUCAGUGUGAAACAGUGUGAGAUUACAGUAGAAUGCACAUUCCUUGACUACAUAAUGGGAGGAUGUCAGCUGAAUUUUACUGUUGGAGUGGACUUCACUGGCUCCAAUGGUGACCCAAGGUCUCCAGACUCCCUUCAUUACAUCAGUCCCAAUGGCGUUAAUGAGUAUUUGACUGCUAUCUGGUCUGUGGGACUGGUCAUUCAGGAUUAUGAUGCUGAUAAGAUGUUUCCAGCUUUUGGUUUUGGAGCUCAGAUACCUCCUCAGUGGCAGGUAUCACAUGAAUUUCCAAUGAACUUCAACUCAUCCAAUCCCUACUGUAAUGGAAUCCAAGGCAUUAUAGAGGCGUAUCGGGCUUGCCUUCCUCAGAUAAAACUCUACGGACCAACUAAUUUUUCUCCAAUCAUAAAUCAUGUGGCCAGGUUUGCUGCUGCAGCCACACAACAGCAGACAGCUUCCCAAUAUUUUGUACUUUUGAUUAUUACUGAUGGUGUGAUCACAGACCUUGAUGAAACCAGGCAAGCUAUAGUUAAUGCCUCCAAACUGCCUAUGUCUAUCAUCAUUGUUGGAGUUGGAGGUGCUGACUUUGGUGCCAUGGAGUUUCUGGAUGGUGAUGGUGGAAGUCUUCGCUCCCCAUCAGGCGAAGUGGCCAUCAGAGAUAUUGUCCAGUUUGUGCCUUUCAGACAGUUCCAGAAUGCUCCAAAAGAAGCACUUGCUCAGUGUGUCUUGGCAGAGAUUCCCCAGCAGGUGGUGGGCUACUUCAACACAUACAAACUCCUUCCUCCCAAGAACCCAGCCACCAAACAACAGAAGCUGUGACCACUUCCACAGAAUUCUUUUGUGUUAUGUGGAGCAGUGCCGUCUGUCACCCCAAAUCGUGUAUCUGCCAGUUUAUGUACUUUUUGCCUUCAGCAUUUAUGAUGUAAAUCUCUCUCUCCAUGGAUUAUAUCUGUUUAAAGCAUUCUUUCUAGGAUCUUUUGGGGGGACUGUGCCAAGUCCAUUUUCGCCCAAUCAAUUCAGCGAUUGAUAAUGAUUUACAGUAAUUGCAGUGAGGCUCUUUGGAUUAGAAUCUAGUGUGGGGAAAGCUUAUUUUGUUGUUGUUUUUGUUUACUUUCAUAUGAUGAAAAUGCUGUUUUUAAAUGUUUGUCAGUAAGAAGAAUGGAAAACUGUUGGGAUGAUGUGGUUUGCAGGCUGCUGUACCUGAUUCACUGUGUAUGUUUUAUAAGCCAUUGUCUAUACCUGAUAAUGAGAGCUUAAAUUAUGUGAUACUGAAUUUGUUCUCGUAACUGUAUACAGUGCUUUUCUGGGAGGUAAAAAUUACCUUUCAAUGCAUCGGAUUUUCGCUACAGUUUAGACACUGUGGUUUACAAAACAGCAUGCACUCAUCUUAGGACUUUAUGAAAAGUACUGAAUGAGCAGGAAAGGCACAUACUUAGUUUUUUUUAAAUGUACAAUCAACAAGUAAAAAUAACCUCAUGUAAGUAAGCCAUUUUUUUGCCUUUCUAGAUAUUUUAUUAUGGAAAACUGUAAACAUGGUCAGAUUUGGCCUUUCUUUUCAUUAACUGAGCGUGACUUUCAGGAUACUGUAGAUGCACAGAUAGUAGGUUGUCCUGAAUCCUACAAUUAGAUUGCUUUAAUUGAUGUUUGUUAAAAUGGUUAGGACUGCUUUCUCCAGGAAAGAUAAGAGGACCAAACCUGUCAGUUGAAAUUCAGAAUUCCAUUUCCUUCUAACUAAUGAAAAACUACGUACUAAAAAAAAAAAAAAAAAGAUUUUAUCCUUUCCUUGCUAAGGUCCCAUACAUUGAUUUGUGCAGGUCCACCUAGUCACUUUCUCCUUUUUUUUAAUUUGAGACACAGUUUCACUGUUGUUACCCAGACUGGAGUGCAAUGGCACACUCUCAGCUCACCGCAACCUCCGCCUUCUGGGUUCAAGCAAUUCUCCUGCCUCAGCCUCCCGAGUAGCUGGGACUACAGGCACCCACCACCAUGCCCAGCAAAUUUUUUUGUAUUUUAAGUAGAGACAGGGUUUCACCUUGUUGGCCAGGAUGGUCUUGAUCUCUUGACCUCAUGAUCCACCCACCUCGGCUUCCCAAAGUGCUGGGAUUAGAGGCGUGAGCCACCGCGCCCGGCCACUUUCUCCUUUUUUAAAGUGCCAUUUUCAUCUGAUUUUUAAAGUAAUGAUACUGGUUAUCUGUUAAUCGAAAUUACAUCUUACAAUUUAAUAAUGUGCUAUUUCCUAUGUCUAGAACAUAUUUUAUUAGGCAUAAAACCUGCUGUAACUUAGAAAAAGAAAGAAAAAAGAAAACUUUUCCAACUCUUGCAUUAAGAUAGAGUGGAUUGGCUGGGUGUGGUGCCUCAUGCCUAUAAUACCAGCACUUUGGGAGGCCGAGGCAGGUAGAUCACCUGAGGUUAGGAGUUUGAGACCAACCUGGUCAACAUGGCAAAACCCUGUCUCUACUAAAAAUCCAAAAAGUUAACUGGGUGGGGUGGCAGGCGCCUGUAGUCCCAGAUACUCAGGAGGCUGAGGCAGGAGAAUCGCUUGAACCUGGGAGGCGGAGGUUGCAGUGAGCUGAGAUUGCGCCAUUGCACUCCAGCCUGGACAACAAGAGUGAAACUUCAUUACAAAAAAAAAAAAAAAAAAGACACAGUGGAUUUUGUGUGCUUUUAUUUUUGUAGAGUUGAAUUUCUUUUUCUGACUGCUACCUUUUACCACAUAUUACUUGGUGAACAUUACAUUUUCAUAAUAGAUUCAGUAAUAUUUUAUUGAGGACCUAUGUGCUAAAACUAUGCAUAUCUAUAUAUUGGCCAAUUAUCUUUAAUGAUUUACCAUUUGAAGAAGCAUGUUUAUCAUACAUCCUUAAGUGGAUGCAUGCAGUGCCACGUUGAUGUGCCUCUCAGUUUUAUUGAAAAGCUGCCCUACAGCCUAUGUCUCUUCCUCAAGGGAGUGAGCUCUCAACCACAGACAGCUGUGGCUUCUCAGAAGCAGCUCAUUGCCAAGGCCAGGCCGAGAGGGACCUGUUUGCUGUGGUGGUUGCCUAGCUCAGGUGAGCAUUUACCUACCACAUUCCCAGUUGGCUAGCUGUCCUCUGGAUGUGUGCUGUUAACUGGGGAAGGUACCUAACUAGUAGUCUGCUGCUCCAUAGUAUGGCUCAAUAGACGACACAUCAUUUUGACAUUAUAAUAGGAGAAAGGAAAACUAAUCCUUCUUCUCACUGUUUGGAGCCAUAGUUGUCUCAGAUGUUCUAAUUCUGUUUGUGUGCUUGGAAACAGCAUAGAUAUGUUGCUGUGGUUUUCGGAAUUUUCUCUUUUAAUCACGAGAAGCCUUUAAAAAAUUUCUUAGACAUAUUCUCAAUGUGCAGUAAAACAGAAGUGAACAUCUGUUUGAUGCUGAGGCAGGGUCCCCGUCACUAGGCAUACUUCUCCUUCUCCUUAACCAGCUCCUCAGCAGCCCCUGAGUCACUGUACAAGGUACUUGGGAACUGCUGGUCAUGAGCAUUCCUGGUUUUCUACGGCCAAAUAAUAGUUAUCACUGUCAAUUGGAUUUGGUCUUCAUUAUUUUAUAUUAUGAUUUUAUCAGAAUUAUUCUUUUUAAAUUGUUUUAAAAUUCAAAAACAUUUAAUUCAUUCAUGAUUAUGUUCAUCAGUAGAUGCUAUUAUUUGUAAGAACUGUGAUCCCAGCAAACUAGGGUAAUUUGUGCCUUUUUGCAGUUUUGAAUAAAAGCAUUUACAAUGCCUAAAUUAUCAUUUUAUAAAAUGUUCAGUUUUAACACUCAACCUCAUUACAUGCUGAUUUAAUAUUGUUUUAUAUUAAAAUAGUCAUUUUCCCUGUUGUGCCACCAUUCAUUCAAGUGCCAUUUGUUCUUAAAAUGCAUUUAAAGAAAAAUUACCCAUAUUGACUUUCAUACUUCAUAUAAUCAGAUAUAUUACAUAUAUAUAUAUAUCGGAGUGACAGUGCUUAGGAUAGAUGUAAUAUUUCCUGCAGAUGCUGGUACAGAGGAAAUAGUAUACCAACUAAUCUAGUCACAUCACCUUGUGGUUAGAAUUGAAAUUUUAAGACGGGAAAAAUUUAAAGUCUGAUCAGGGAUUUACAACUGUUCAUUUUAGUGGUGCCUUAGGCAAUCUUUGCAAAGUAAGUUCAGGGCCCCAUUGCUACUUAUGCUAUAUUUUAACAUACCUGGUUUUUGUUGUUUUUUUUGUGAACUUACUGGAAAGCCAUCUUCACUAAGUAUACCCUCGUCUUUGUAUGUGUGGUUGGUAGUCAUGGAAGUGACAUGUAAAGUAAACCAGAAGUUUGGUGGAACGUGUUAGAAACUGUUUGUGCUUUUUUGGAUGUCAUACUUGACAAUAAAUGUAUAAGUUACUAAUAUAUGAACUGAUACUAAAUAUGUCCUCCUUUUGAAUCCAUUUUGGAUCAAGUUAUUUCUUGAUGUGACACAGUAGUCUCUUGUUUUCAUUUUUAUUCUUUACAUGUGACCAAAACAAUAGAAAAGUUAUAAAUAAAAUGUAGUGUUUUA